AUGAGCAGGACGAUUUCGGUGAUAUUUUUAGCCACAUUUUUCAGCACAGCUUUAGCCACAGUGAGUUCCUUCCACAGGUCUUUUAAAAAAAAAUGAAAAAAAAAUCAAUUUCAGGUCAGAUGCCCGCGGGGUCCUUUCGGCACCGAACUCCAAUGCGCAUUCGAAUGCUGUCAAUCUUUAGAAGGUGAAAAUCAUGGGUAUUAUUGUUGUGGACUUGAGGAGAAAACCCUGGUGGAUAGAAAUGGUGUCGACGCUAAAAAUCCACCAAGGGCCGAUAGAUUUGUGGCCUAUUCGGGGAAUUUGCAGUGAGUUUUUUUUUUUGGGAAUUUUUUUCAUCGAAAAUAAAUAAAUAAAUAAAUAUGAGUCAUUCACAUAAUAGAAGAAAACGGAACAAUUGAAUUAUUCUGAUCAAAAUUUUUCGGAACAUGAAAUUUCGAAGGCAGAAAAUUGAUAAAAAAUCAGUUGUGAUCUACCUAAGUAUCCGAUAAACCGCAACGCUCGACCGCAACGCAUCCAACAAUUUUCCAGAGUCGACUACACAAUGCUAGUCAUCGGUCUCAUCGUCUCCAUCAUCAUCUCGAUCCUCCUCUCAUUCUUCUGCUGUCUACUCUGCAACGGCUGCUGGCUGCACCGUCGCCGCAAUCCGCAACAAUACGAAAGUGUCCACGAUCAAUCCGGAUGGUAUCCGAUUUGCUGUAAGUCUUCUCUCUCGAACACCUGUUUUGACCGCACCCAAACCAGUCUUUUCAUAUUUUUCUUAUCAUGUGUCCAAUUAGUGAUUUUUUUCUGAUUCACUUUUUUCUCGUGGCGGAAAAAAUCGACAAAUACAUAAGUAAAAGUAAAAAAGUAAAAGUAUAAGCUGGCCGAGCAAACAUUAAACAGAAAUGUCAAUAUUGAGUUACAAAAUGGGAGGGGGGUGCUUGAGGGUGAAAAUUUGUUGGGAUUUUCCAGGUGGAUUCGGAAUCCCGAUGGGUACUGUCGUGUUUUCGACACAUCCACCACAAUAUCGAGAGGAAAGUGAGAUGUAUGGCGGGUCGUCGAUGUCGAGUCUGCCAAGCUCUAAACAGCGGUGAGUUUGAGCCAGGGUGAUCUUGGGUUUUAAUUUUUUUUUUAAUUUUGGGAACCUUGAAGUUUUGAAUCUAACUCAAUGUUCUCACAGAGUCCGAUUCAACCCUGACGGCACACCUCGAGGAGUUCUCAAAAACGGACACGAGGGUCAACAUCCACCACCACCACAGGGCUAUUAUCGAGAUUAA